GUUAUUGUUGUUUUUGUUUUCGAGGUUGAAGGUGGUGGCGAGGUUCACCAUGGAAUUGCGGGAGCUUCGCGGCGCCGGCAAUGGCAUCAGCAGUAACAAUUCGGGAACAAAUGCAAGAGGAGUGACAGGGGUAGGCGAACUUGGUGGCAUUUGCAUAGGCGGAGCUGCUAGCGGUGGAGUCCACCGACCGCCUACAAAAGCGGAUCUCUUCAUAAAGCAACUGAAUUCUACUAAUGCGAAGAAGGUGGCCCUUCUUUUAGUCCUGGGCUUCAUCUUUUACCAUGGACUGCUAAACUGGAACUACGGAAGUGAUUCCUGCCAGUGGCUGUUGUCCAAGGGACGAUUCAAGGGUGACAAUGAGUGGCAGCCCUAUGGAUGUAUGCUCCACAAAUAUUCCCUAACCGACACCCGACGCUGUCUGCGCUAUUUGGCAUUUUUUGACAAUAAAAACAAUUUUGUCUUUAUCGGCGAUGCAAGUAUACGGUUGCUCUACGAGCGUUUUAUUGAGCAACUGCGUCUUCCCUUAAGCCUUAGUUCAGAUGCCAAUGAAAAUGCCUCAACAAAGGCUCAUUUUCAAGAUAAAAAGCUACAUAUGAUGGCGCAGUAUAUUAAAGCCGAAGAGGUAAGUCCCUGGCUUAUUGAUCGUCUCUACCGCUUGGAGGCAGAGAAGCAGCUAUCUUCAGUCUACAUAAUGGGUUUCAGCCACACAAAUCUAAUCAAUGGCAAUGUGACGGAAGACGUACUUAGACAUUAUAGCGUUAAUUUGACUCUGUUGGGACCGCCCAUCCAUCGACUGGUAGCACAACAAUCAAGGGUCUUGUGGAAACUGGUGGAUCGUGUAGAUGAAGAAAAAUUGCCGUCUUCGUGGAAAUUGCUACUUAAUGAGGACAUAGAUCGCUAUAAUCAUAUUGCCCGCAAUGUCUUCCGUUAUACUGAAGCUACCAUCUGGGAAUCUGCUUGGCACAUAUCAAAUGGUCUUUUGGAUAACGCCAUAGACGGUUAUGAAUUAAGUCAGCAUGGCCAGAGAUUGGAAGUGCAAUUACUCUGGAAUAUGUAUUGCAACGAUUAUAUGAACUACAACGAUGGCACUUGCUGCAGUAGUUCCGAACCAUACACCACCUUGCAAAUUGUAGCAUACUCGAUGUUUGGUGUAUGCAUUAGUCUAUUAAGCGGCAUGGGUAUAAAAAGAUGGCUUAAACAUUUAAGAGGACAAACUUUGUAUGUCCCAGUUCAACAACAACAACAGAGUAAUCCUCCUUCUUCAGCCAUAUCGGCUCUAAUCACCGACUACAGCACCCCAUUGUUGGCUUUAUCCCUCUUGGGCCUGAUCAUGGGAUAUUUUUAUUUGUGCGAUCGCACAAAUUUCUUUAUGAAGGAAAACAAAUACUAUUCCGAGUUCUCAUUUUGGAUUCCUGUGGGCUAUGUUUUUGCCUUGGGUCUAUUUUUCACUGAGGAUUCUCGUUUCACCAAAGUCUUAAAUCGCGAUCAAACGGAUGAACUUAAAGGCUGGAUUUUGUUGGUGGUGCUGAUCUAUUAUAUGACUGGUGCCCAACGUGUUUUGCCUAUUCAUAUGCAUAUAAAGUUACUUAUUUCUGGUUAUUUUUUUUUAACGGGAUAUACCCACUUUACCUAUAUAUGGCAGUCCAGAGGUAUGGAAGGAAGAGGUGUUGGUAACGGUUCAUCUAAGUCAUUAUUUGUACGUUUCUUUCAAUCCAUGUUCCGCUUGAAUUUUCUCAGUGUUUUACUCUGCUUUUGCAUGAAUCGACCGUAUCAGUUUUACUAUUUUGUGCCUUUGCUCUCAUUUUGGUUAAGUGUUAUUUAUUUCGUUUUGGCAAUGCCACCACGUAUAUCAUCUAGUUCAGUAGAUGUAAAUCCUCUUCAUUAUCUGUAUUUGGUAAGCAAAUGCAUUGGGUGCUUAGGCUUGAUCACAGUCCUGUUCAUGUCCGAGGUGUUUUUUGAACGCAUUUUCGUCACGCGUCCUUGGAAAGCUCUGUUCGUCACGACCGAUGAUGAUAUCCAUGAAUGGUGGUAUCAGUGGAAAUUAGAUCGAUAUACUGUCACCUUUGGCAUGAUAUUUGCAGCCUGCUUUCACAUAGCACAGAAAUCAAAGCCAAAUAAUUUAGUUUUCGAUGAUAAUAAUCAUGGGAAUUUAUUUUCUCGUCGCACUUCCAUUUCUGUUACUCUUUUAGCUCUCCUGGGUGUGGGUAUUUAUACUGCGUUUUCGUUUUUAUGUCGGAAUCUUCAGAACUGCGAAGAAAUUCAUUCGUAUAUACUGUUUAUUCCGAUUAUUGGCUAUGUAAUUUUGCGCAAUAUAUCGGGCAUCUUACGCACCCGCUUCUCGACAUUUUUUGCCUGGUUUGGGCGCAUCUCUUUGGAACUGUUUGUCUGCCAAUAUCAUAUUUGGCUAGCAGCAGAUCGCCACGGAGUUUUGGUUUUAUUGCCCGGUUUUCCUACACUUAAUAUGAUUAUAACUUCGUUUAUUUUUGUGUGUGUCUCGCAUGAAGUCCAUCGCCUUACAGAAAUUUUGUUGCCCUAUGCUGUGCCCAAUGAUUGGCGCCUGGUGAUGAGAAAUUUUGUUGUAUUUCUUAUUGUGCUUAUACCAGUAGCACGUUCAGAUGGGAUGUUUUAGAAAAUAAUUGAAAAAAUUGUUUUAUAAUUAUUGCCCCUAAUACACAGACUUAAUUUAAAAUUAUAUAUAUGAGUUAAGAAAAAUUGCACAAUCUACUUAAAUUUAUAUUUAAACUUAAAUUUACUCAAAUAUCCGCCACACUCAACGUCCCCUAUAACCACGGCGGCAACCAAAUGUAUGUACUAGAUAUUAUAUUUGAUCCUAUAAUUUGUUUGUAAGACAGAUCCGAUAAGAAAUAAAGCUAUAAAAGUAAAA